ACAAAGCAGAGAAUAACACACCGGUGCGGCGGCGACGAACUCGCUCGCUGCAGGACAGAUAAAUUCGGUCCGACCGUCAAUCACGUAGAACAUGGCUUCGGCGAAUUUACGUCAAGUUGUUCUCACUUGUUCCGGCCAUACGAGGCCUGUCGUCGACCUUUGUUUCGCUCGAAGUCAGAGCGGUAAAUGCCUGCUCAUCUCAGCCUGCAAAGAUGGCAAGCCCAUGCUUCGGGACGGAGUCACAGGCGAUUGGAUUGGCACUUUCGAAGGUCACAAAGGCGCCGUGUGGAGCGUCCACAUGGACCCAAGCGCGACUCUAGCCGCCACAGGAUCUGCGGACUUCUCAGCAAAGAUUUGGGAUCUCUCAACCGGGAACGAGAAACUUUCCCUGCCGCACAAGCACAUUGUUCGCGCGGUCGAACUGUCCCCGGAUGGUUCUCAAUUGACGACGGGCAGUGCUGACAAAAUAAUCCGACGCUUCGACUUGUCGGCGGGAGACGACAAGGAAGCGUUCACAUUCGAUGGUCAUCACGGAGCUGUUAAAUAUGUGAGACUUCUUGGCGAUGGCAAGCGAUUGUUGUCUGUCGGAGAUGACCGGUCGAUUCGAGUGUGGGAUUUCAUAUCUGGGGAGUGCAUUCACACGCAACAACUGCCGGGAAUUCCACAAUCAUUAGAGAUAUCCGCCAACGGCGAGCAAUUCGUGAUCACCAUGGAUAGGAAAGUGACAUUCUGGUCAACUGUUAAUUACCAGAUGAUGAGAGAAUUCGAAUUGCCGUGUAAAAUGUACGCCGCCUCAUUGCACUCAGCUGGGGAGUUUUUCGUUUGCGGCGGGGACGAUUUCAAAAUGUAUAAAAUGAACUAUGAAACUGGUGAAGAAAUCGAAUCCUUCAAGGGGCAUUUCGGUCCUGUCCAUUGUUGUGCCUUCUCGUCCGAUGGGGAGCUUUACGCCUCGGGCAGUGAAGACGGCACGGUGAGACUCUGGCAAACGAUCGUUGGAAAAACUUACGGGCUGUGGAAAUACGUUGACGCCAAUGGAUCCGAUGCUGCGAAGGCGGAGAGUUGAAUCAGCACGGAACACUCAUAAUUCCUGGAUAAUGUAAACGGAUGUUUCUCUGAAGUAAACUUUCGCGGGUAGCAUCGUUGUCACUCUAUG